AUCGCAUAACAUGCAAAAUUCACGUUAAUAUAGAAAAGCGGAAUUGAAUUGCAAUCAUCAAAAUGGAUGAUAUAGAGGCACAGCGUCAGAUCAAGCAGAUGGUAAACUUCAUUCUGAAUGAGGCGAAGGAUAAGGCCGAAGAAAUAGAGUCAAGCGCAAUUGAAGAUUUCAAUGUGCAAAAGAUGACGCUAUUUCAACAAAAAAAGGAUGAGAUCAAAUUAAAAAUUACUAGAAAGAUAAGCAUGUUAAAACUUGAGAAGAUAAGGGCUCAUAACUCUGCCUCAAGGGAGAUCCAGGAUCAUGUAGUAAGACAUCAAGCUACCAUGAUAGAAACCAUUGCAAUGGAGGCCAUGGAAAAAAUCAAAGCGCAAAUGUCUAACGUUGAGGAUUACAGGGCUGCACUAGUCUUGUUAAUACUAAAAGGGCUUAUGUCGCUGGCCAGCAGUAAUGUACUCAUUAGGUGCCGCAAAGAAGAUGUAGGCAUAGUACAACAAAGCAUUGAACAGGCAAAGGUACAAUAUCAAAAAAUGGCACGUGAAACUUUUGGAACAUCAUCUGAUCUAAAUGCAUCGAUCGACUCAGAUACAUACUUACCACCCGAAAAAAUAGGUGUCAUAGUAACAACGCACAAUGGAAAGGUAGAAUGCAACUGUACCUUUGCGUCUAGAUUACAAGCAUAUUGUGAGAAACUCAUUCCCGAAUUUAAAACUGCAAUAUUCAAGUAAGCGACAUAAAAUAAGGACAGAACUUUUGGCACAACAUUCUACUCCGCAUCAUUAUAACAUUACAGAUUAGGAAUUAGUGCG